GCGCCGGGAAGGCCUCCCCGCCCGGGCGGGGGAAGCCGGCGGCUGCAGCGCGGGAACACGCACUCCGCCUGGCACUGGCGGCUAGGGAUGUCGUCCUGGAUGAGGUGGCAUGCACCCGCCAUGGCAAGGCUCUGGGGCUUCUGCUGGCUGCUUUUGGGCUUCUGGAGGGCAGCUCUCGCUUGCCCAGUGUCUUGUAAAUGCAGUGUUUCUCGGAUUUGGUGCAACGACCCUUCUCCUGGCAUCGUGGCUUUCCCGAGGUUGGAGAUGAACAGUGCAGACCCUGAGAACAUCACCGAAAUUUUCAUUGCCAAUCAGAAGAGGUUAGAAAUUAUCAAUGAAGAUGAUGUUGAAGCUUAUGUGGGAUUGAAAAAUCUGACAAUUGUGGACUCUGGAUUAAAAUUUGUGGCUUCUAAAGCAUUUCUGAAAAACAGCAACCUGCAGCACAUCAAUUUCACCCGAAAUAAACUGACGAGUUUGUCUAGAAAACAUUUCCGUCACCUUGACUUGUCUGAACUGAUCUUGGUGGGCAACCCAUUCACAUGCUCCUGUGAAAUUAUGUGGAUCAAGACACUCCAAGAAAUUAAAUCCAGUACAGAAACUCAGGAUUUGUACUGCCUAAACGAAAGCAGCAAGAAUAUUCCCCUGGCAAACCUGCAGAUACCCAAUUGUGGUUUGCCAUCUGCAAAUUUGGCUGCGCCUAAUCUGACUGUGGAGGAAGGAACGUCUAUCACAUUGUCUUGUAGUGUGGCAGGCGAUCCAUUUCCCAAUCUGUACUGGGAUGUUGGAAAUUUGAUUUCCAAACAUAUGAAUGAAACAAGCCACUCCCAGGGUUCCUUAAGGAUAACUAACAUUUCAUCGGAUGAUAGUGGAAAGCAAAUCUCUUGUGUGGCAGAAAAUCUUGUAGGAGAAGAUCAAGAUUCUGUGAACCUCACUGUGCACUUUGCACCAACUAUCACAUUUCUCGAAUCUCCAACCUCAGACCACCACUGGUGCAUUCCAUUCACUGUGAAAGGCAACCCCAAACCAGCGCUUCAGUGGUUCUAUAAUGGGGCAAUAUUGAAUGAGUCCAAAUACAUCUGUACUAAAAUUCAUGUGACCAAUCAUACGGAGUACCAUGGCUGUCUCCAGCUGGACAAUCCCACGCACAUGAACAAUGGAGACUACACACUCAUAGCCAAGAAUGAGUAUGGCAAGGAUGAGAGACAGAUUUCUGCUCACUUCAUGGGCUGGCCUGGAAUUGAGGAUGGUGCAAACCCGAAUUACAUUGAUCUCAUUUAUGAUGACUCAACGGCGAUGAUUGACAUAGAGGACACCACCAACAAAAGUAAUGAAAUCCCUUCCACGGAUGUUACUGACAAAACUGGUCGGGAACAUCUUUCGGUCUAUGCUGUGGUGGUAAUUGCUUCUGUGGUUGGAUUUUGUCUGCUGGUGAUGCUGUUUUUGCUUAAGUUGGCAAGACACUCCAAGUUUGGCAUGAAAGGUUUUGUUUUGUUUCAUAAGAUCCCACUGGAUGGGUAGCUGGAAUAAAGGAAUGACAGAGGAAGGGGCUGUGGUGUUUGGUGGUUGCUGCUGCCCUGUAAGCUGAACUCUUGGGACUGCUGUUGGCUUAUCCCGGAAGUACUGCUUACUUGGGAUGCUCUGGUAGAAACGGGAGGUGCUUGGCGGAUGUACUGUCUGGAGCCUGCUUUUUUGUGAGCUGUGAUUGGGGAACACCAAGGCAGAGGCAGCUCUCAGGCAACUGAAGAGCAACGCAAGAAAACAAAACAAAACCAAACAAAAGAGGAUCCCUUAAAUGAAUCCCUCUCUUCUGUUCUUACACCUAGUUCAAAUCCAAAAUUGAAAUAAGAUUCCAUUGGAUUGUGUUGCUUUUCUGAAAGGUGUGGAUGUCUCCAUGUCAAUUGCUUGCUUAUUAAAAGUGAACUGAAAAAAGUAUCUAUAUAAAGUUAGGGAUAGGUAUAAAUGCACACUAAAAACUGUAAUAGAUAUUUAAUCUAUUUCAACACCAUUUCCUGUUGUUCUCUAACCAGCUGUGACUCCAAGGAGUUUUGCCUUUUCUACGUACUGUGAUACAGAUACUUAAAGAGAGUGAACACAUCAUUGUUCCAAGGACUUUGUGGUAUUAUUGAAAGAUGCUUUUCUUUGUUUGCAGGAAAAAAAAAAUCCACUUUUUUUUUGCUUAGGUUUCAGCAUCACACAAUACUAGUGAAUAUUUUAAGGUUCAUCCACAGGCUAAAAGAAAAAAGAGGAGGGCAGCAGCAAAAACCAAAACAGCUGCUACUCCAUCAGGGCUUUCAAUUCAGGUUAGGCAUAAUCAGUUUCAGCAUAACAAAGAGUAGUCUAUAUGCAUAUGGUGAAAUUGUAACCUUGUUCCUUCUCAUUUGCCCUCUGUGAACCACCUGCUUUUUAGAAGUCCUCCUAGGGAAAGGCCACAGUUUCUCAUGCUGUUUGCAUUACAGAGCUGCAGCUUUUCUAGUCAGAAAAGGCCUGGAAGCAGAAAGGCAAACCUGCUGUGAGCUGGAGAGAAUAGACUAAGAAGGCCAGUGCCCCUGCAGCAUUCUGCCCUACCGCUGGGUUUUCAUGGGCAGAAUUGCUUGUCCUGACCCCAGCAGCACCGAGGUGACAGACGCUUUCUUAUGGCCUUCCUCAUUGCUGAGAGGGCAGCCUCAGAGCUACAGAUUGCUGUGUCCCCACUAUGUUCUGUCCUAGGAACACCUGUUUCAUUCAUCUGGACCUCACAGUGACCUUCAUAAGCUCUGUUUGUCUGGGCCACACAGUUUUCCUAUCUUGAGUCCUGAAGAGAGGCAUGGCUUCUAGGCUACCCGACCUGGCCCCUCCUUACUCCCAUUGUGAGAGACACUUCAGCCUGGAACAUUGCAUUUGAGAAAACACAAUCAUCUCUAUUAGGCAUUCCCAUCUACACUAUGGUUGAAUUGGAAACUGAUUAACAUGUUAAAACCAAUGUUUUGCUGGGCUCCAGUGGCUCACACCUGUAAUGCUAGCUACUCAGCAGGCUGAGAUCUGAAGAUUGCUCUUCAA